UGUGAUCCCUUCUGAUCUGUAAACAUUGUCAACAAAUGCGAAAUGUGAUUGCUCCUAUUGAGCAAAAAGUCCCUAGGUUGGAUGGGAAGGCCAUGGAGGUGACCACUGCUGAAGCCUGCCGCCAGCAUGCACUUGGUAGUUCAGCACUUGGUGUGCUAUCAAGGACUCCUGUGGUUGUACUGGACAGGCUUGACCUUCCAGCUUUCGACAAUGAGCCGAAUCCAAAAGUCAGACGAGAUGCCUUUACUGACUUGGACAGCAUCUGGAAGACACCCGUGGUUCUGUUGGAGAGGCUCAACAUGGCAACUUGUCGACAAGACACUGAACGCAACUUUCAGAAAGAUGGGACUAUAGACUCAAUGUGUGUAUCAUCAAAAACUCCUGUGGUUGUACUGGAGAGGCUCGACCUUGCAGCUUGCGGCAUUGAGCCGGAACUGAACGUUCGCAUGCAGAGGAAACCUGUUGUGAUGCUGAAUGGUCGGGAUUUCACAGCGGAUACGGACAAGGCGCAGGCAAACAUUCUGAAAGACAUGGCUCCUGACAUUACGAGCUUAAUGAGAUCGCCCAGAGUGGUGCUGAAGAGGUUAGACUCGACAGCGUACGCUGCCGAGGCUAAACAGACCUCCCAACAAGGCGGGACACUCGACGAUGAAAGCUUCCUGAGAACGCCCAGGCUGGCGCUGAAGAGGUUCGACUCGGCAGCGUACGGUGCUGAGACUAAGCAGACCUCCCGACAAGGUGGGGCACCUGAUGUUGAAAGCUUGCAGAGAACUCCUGUGGUGCUGCUGGAAAGGCUAGACUUGUCAGCUUACAGCCCCAAGCAAGACGCAGCUCCUGGCUCGGUUAGCGUCGGCCAUUAUUGCAAAUCUUGCAAACAGCAUUUGAACAGACUCAAGACCGUGCAGCUUCCCGGCGACUUGGUGAACGAAAAAGAGCUGUUGGCAAGGCCAGAGUUCCUUGCAGUCGGAGGGGAACAACCAGUCUGCAGAAUGACCAGCUUCUGCAUCUUUGACAAGCACCAGCACGCAGUUCCUCUCGACAGUAAAAUGAUCGAAAGGUGUCACCACGUGUUCGUGGUUGGCCGUGCAAAGCCAGUUGGCGACAACAGCAUGGACACGGAAGGUGUGAUGUGUUUGGCAGGACCUCUGUACUCCUGGUGGCUCACUGGUUUCGGGAAAGGGGAGCAGCCUCUCAUUGGUCUCAGCUCCGAUCAUGCGGACUACUACCUGGGAGAGGAAGCCCCGUCCUACACUAGCCUGAUACGGCCCCUGCGUCGGAAGAUGUGCAUCACCAAGGUGGUUGUGGAGGCGGUCGCAAACAACCCCAGCUGUAACUACGAGGAACUAGUCAGCAUCGUUCAGGGUGCCAGCGUGUGGGGAGAGGGCGGCUUCACGGAGGAGGAGCUUCGCCACGAGGCUCGCUUCGUGUUGAGCCAAGUCUGCAGCUACGAUUCCGCCCGGGAUCACGGAGACGAAGAGACGGUGCUGUCGGCACCCUGCCUGCAGAGUCUGGUCAACCUGCGACGUAUGGCCGUCAUCCGCAUGAAUCAGAGUGAGGACCUGCAUGGCUACCGCAAGCCCAAGGACACUCUGGCCACUUCUACUCCGGUGGUGCAUAGAGUGCUGAGCCCGGCAUUCAAGGACCAGAUGGCGAGUUUGUCCUCAGCCAAAACGGUGAAGCAGGAUGACAGAAUGGCCACCUGCAACUCCUGUCUCGCUUGGAAGCAGGUGGGUGUUGAGGUUUCAAAAAAAACCUGUGGGAGAGUCGGCAAUGCUACGACUUUUCAGAGACGUCUGUCCUGUGGUGCCUACGUGUUUGCCAAGCGUUCCCCCCACUGCUGCCCCCGGGUGGGACAAGUGAUUUCAUUGUUUGAGAGGAAUGGUCGAAAGAUGGCUCAUCUGCAGUGGUUCUGUUAUUCUUCGGAGACUGUCCUGGAAGACAUAGCUGAUCCCUACGAGAUCUUCAUGGACAACAGUUGUGGGGACGUUGCACUGAACGACAUAUACAACAGGUGCCCCGCAAGUCAGAAGCUUUUCUUCGAGGAGUGGUUUGAAGAAGGUGGCAAACCCGAUCUGUCUGUAGGCACCAAGAAGAGCUACUAUUUCUCCAAGAUGUACCACUCGGACACUGGCCGAUUUGAAGACGUACCCAUGACUUUGCGUGAAGACGGCACAUUGAGAUACAUGUGCUACACGUGCUGCCAGAACGUCAAGAGAGAACCCGCAAAUGAGUGCUGUCUGAAGGAUGAAAUUCUCACCGACAAAAAUGGCAACGUGUCUUACUACUCUAUGAAAUGGAAUAUGAAGCGCUAUUUUGUUGGCGACUGUGUCUUCCUUAGUCCCGGAACAUUUGAUUUUGACUUGCCUCCAAAGAAUCAGCCUCAGCAAGGUGCUCAAGACAACUCUAAGAAACAUGCGCGGCCAUUUCAAAUCGGCUGCAUCGACUCCAUUGUUGCCUACAAGAAUGCGCAUCGUAUCUCCCUUUGUGUUCGCAAGUUCUACAGGCCUGAAGAUACUGAUCUCUGCAAAAUUCUGUCUUACGAGUCGGAUCUGAACCUCUUGUAUUAUUCCGAGGAAGUGGCAUCCGUCGACAUAAAGGCCAUCCAGGGGAAGGCUCCCGUUGUGUUCAAAGAGUCACCACAGAGUACGCCUGCCGGCAUGUGGUGCAUUGGGGACACCUUUGCAUUCUCACAGAUGUACUGUGCCGAGAAGAGAAUGUUGUGCGCCGUUCCAGCCGAGGCGCGGAAGAUUGGCUCCAAGUUAAAGAAGCACCAGAAACGAGGAGGAAGUGAACCAAGGUUGCGGACACUGGAGGCUUUUGCCGGCUGUGGCGGUAUCUCGUGCGGCUUGGAAGCAGUGGGCGUCAGCGACACCCUGUGGGCCAUCGAGAGCUUGGAAGUUGCAGCGCGAGCCUUUAGUCUCAACUUCCCGAAAGCUACAGUUUUUGUCCAGGACUGCAACUCCUUUCUCAAAGAGGUGCUCGAGGGGCAGGAGACCAAUGCCAAGGGCCAGAGGUUUCCUAAGAAAGGAGAGGUGGAUCUCCUGUGCGGUGGGCCACCCUGUCAGGGCUACAGCUUGCUUAACCGCCACAGGGGCAACUGGAACUCCAGACUCAAGAACUCACUGGUCUCAACACUGCUCAGCCUCUGUGACUACUACCGGCCGCGGUUUUUCCUCAUGGAGAAUGUGAAAGGCUUUAUUAGUGAAGAGAAGGGCCUGGUGAUGCAGCUCACGCUGCAAAGCCUGCUGCGCCUCGGCUACCAGUGCUGCUUUGGUGUGCUUCAGGCAGGGUCCUAUGGGCUGCCACAAGACCGGAAAAGGUUAGUCAUUUUGGCUGCGGCACCGGGAGAGCUACUUCCAAGGUUUCCAGAGCCAAAGACUUCCUUCCCGAGCAAUAAUUUUGUGACAGUAAAGGGAAAAAAGUUUGGUCCAACCACAACAUGGUGCACCAGCGCCCCACUCCGCACCAUCACACUGCGUGAUGCCAUAUCCGAUCUGGCGUCGUUGGAGCCGAGCGAUUCUGCUAGCUCUUUCUCCGAACCCAUGUCGUGUUACCAGCGAAUGCUGAAGGGGGACAGCAAGGGUCCGACCAGGGACCAUGUGCCUAAGCUGCUUACCCCGCUGGUGCAAGCCAGGGUCGACCACAUCCCCAAGGUGCCCCGGGCGAAUUGGAGGAGCCUUCCCAACAUCAAGCUGCUGUUACGGAAUGGCAAAUACACCAGGAAACUGGUGUAUCACAGCUUUGGACGGGGCGUCAGCGGCGUCUGCCCCUGCGCGGCGGGCAAGGCAUGCAGGCGUGAGGCAAUGCUGCAGCACCGAACGUUGAUCCCCUGGCGCUUGGUGCACAGGGACGAACGGCAAAAUGCGAGGCCCCACGCAGACAUCGAGCAAGCUUACCGUCGCCCACACUGGGACGACUGGAAGAGCACCCUGGUCACCGUGGUUUCGGCGGAGAAGAAUGCCAACAUCCACCCGUCGCAGAACCGAGUGCUCACACCACGAGAGUGUGCCAGGUUGCAAGGCUUCCCGGAUGCAUUUGCAUUGUUUGGGUCUACGGUAGACAGAUACAAACAGGUCGGGAAUGCCGUGCCCCCGCCUCUAGCUGCUGCCAUUGGCCAGAAGAUCUUGGAGUCAAUCACUUAAUAUUCUGGGCGACUUUCAGUAUAUCAAAGGAAGUGCAGUGUGUUGGAAGUUGAACCUUUUCUUACUGGGGGGGACCAGGUUGUCACUGGUAGUCGUCACCAAAACCUUGCAAUACUGUGCGAUUGUGUAGUUUUUGAGAGUAAAGAGUGAAUGUAGUUUUAUACAGUGUAAAAGAUGUAUAUGAGAUGGAAUGUGUAUUUUAAGAAAUACUAAUGUAAUGUGAAUUGGAUCAAGGGCAACGCUUUGUGCAUGUCCUUUGUUUAUAAGUUCAAACCCUUAAUUCAAGUAAUUCUAGCACUCGCAUGAACAACAUGCCAUUCUAAUUUGAGGGACGUUUUUAAACAGACUAAUAUUGAAAAGGGGAAGUUUGUAAAAAUAAUUUGCAGUUCAGAAGGAGCUGUGACAACAUUGUGCCCAACACUUAAGUCUCAUAGAACUGGUUUGGACUAGGCACACUUUCAUAGAUGUUUAUGCAAAGCUACCUCAAUCUUACUGCAUUGACAACUGUAUACAGCUGAGUCUAGCUUUGCACAUUCCCCUGCCCAUAAGGUCCGAUCAAAAAUGUAUAACAUGCUAGGUGGAACCCUGUUGCUUCGUGAAGAACACCUGCAUUACUCAUUGGUACAGUCAUAUUAUUAGACUCGCUACAACUUCUAAGAAGUUGUAGGUCAGUGUGGAUGUUGAGAGGUCUGAAUUACUCAGUCAAGUUCUGAUGCAUGUAUUAUUUUAAUGACAAGCUGUUUACAAAGGCUUGGAGAUUUUCUAUCAAUCCAUCAUGUUGUUAAUAUUUAACAAAUCUGUUAUGCUUAACUGAGCCAAUGAAAUUUGUGGCAUUUUUGUUUUCUUUUUCACUUUCAUUUUGAGAUUCUGUAGAUGAAGUUUUUUCUUCUUCUUUGUGUUUGUUGUAACCUAGCUUGUGGCACUUUGUAAGCCACUGCUCAAAGAUAGCAUAAUUUUACGUAAAUUUCAUAGCAUGCAUUUUUUACAAAAUUAAAAUUAUCAGUGAAAUCUCAUCCAAAAUAUAUGUAAGAAAAUGUUUGCAAUUGGAUUCCCCUAAUAGCUCUAAAUCGUUCGCACCUAGUUUAGCAGUCUAUGUGAAGGUUGAUUUAUUGAUAUGUCCCAGCAGACGCAGGAGUGUUCCUUUAGCUCCCAUGAAACUGUGUUUGUGGCAUUGCUGUUAUUCUUAUUUUUAUGAGAGCAUGACUUUAUUUGUGUGCCCGUAUGCGAGAAAUCUAGAUAUUUUUAGGUUUUAUUUUUAUUGUUAUUGUCCGUCCUUAAUGUCACCAGUUGCCCGAGUGCUACGCUUGGAACGACGUUGCCCAUGCUCUGUACAAUUCUUGUGAGGAGUUAAAAAAAAUACUGCCCAUUAUAGUGAUGUUCUUACACCUCUUUCUCUGUUUUAUAUGGAGCACUUUUUUGUCCAGGGAGUAAUGUUGGUACAUGUGUUCAUCGACGUAUUUCUCAGUCAUCUAUGCAAAUCCUCUGCCAACGAGAAAAGCACUUAGCACGCAAAUGAAAUAAAAGAACUCCUGUGGGCUAUCAUCACCGCUGAGUGGA